CUCGUUUGGUUGAGGAUAUUUGGAAAUGUCGGCAGUUUCUUUUCCUGCGUCGCCUUCUUUUGUUACUUCUGAAUCAGCUGCAUAUAACAAAUGAAUGGCCAAACUCUAAUCCACUUCUAUCUUCGUUAUAGUGUUGAGAUCAUUCACCUAUCACUUCCUAUUCCUAUUGACCUCUUCCCUCUCCGUUCUUCGCACUUGCUUUUCUUCAUCUCGAAUUCCAGUUCCUUUUGUCCCUAUAUCUUCUCUGCUUCUGAAACUUUACCAUGUCAAUUUUGUUUCUUUCUCUACUUCAUUAACCAUUUCAUUCACGCCCCCUUUCCCCCUUGUUGUUCUGUCUUUGUAGGACCUGAAGGCUGUAAGCUUCGUCAAGGAAUUGAUUAGAUUCAGGUGACCAGGAUAUGGGUCGGGCAACGCGGUGGCUGUGGAAGCUGUGGGGUGGUAACAAGGAGAAACAGGAGCGGAAGGACUCUUCCGGUUACGGCGGCGAGGAGAGGUUGGAGAAGAAAAGGAGGAGCUUUUGGAAGUCAAGGAACUCCAGCGACGCGGUGUUGGGGCAGAAUGCAUCCACGGCGGCCGCCAUGGAGGCAGCGUGGUUUAGGUCCUUCUACGCCGUAAGCGAGAGGGAACAGAGCAAGCAUGCCAUCGCCGUGGCGACGGCCACGGCUGCUGCGGCCGACGCGGCGGUCGCAGCUGCGCAGGCAGCGGUAGCGGCCGUGCGUCUCACUGGCCAGAGAAGGGGCAGCUGCGCCGAGGAGUGGCUGGCGGCAGUGAAGAUCCAAUCAGCAUACAGGGGUCACUUGGCAAGGAAAGCACUGCGAGCUCUGAGAGCAUUGGUGAAAACACAAGCUUUGGUUAAAGGGUUCCUCGUUCGUAAGCGAGCCGCCGCAACUUUUCGCAGCAUGCAAGCCCUGGUAAGAGCUCAGGCCACUGUCCGAGCUCAUCAAAGAUCUGGAUGCCUUUCCCGUGGUGAUGGAAAUCCUCAACCAGAAGUCCGCCAUCGCAGAUCAUUCGAGCGGUUCGGCGAUACUCGAAGCGAGCACAUAUCAGGGUUCUCAAGACGGAGAAGCUCAACAAGUCAUGCCGGUGCUACCAUCGACGGGAGCCCAAAGAUCGUGGAGAUCGAUACGUGCCAACCGAUCAAGUCGAGAUCUUUUCGUCGAACCAGUGCCUCUGCUUUGGAUCCAGCGCACGACUUGCCACUGCAUGCGUUCUCCUCUCCGAUUGUGUACCAAGUUCCAGCACGGAUCUCCAUUCCCGGCCGCGGGAACUUGCUCGAGGACGACCGGUGCAACAAUGGCGAGAAAUGCUGGCUCUCAGCCACCGCACACGGCACGGCCAGACACACGAACUCAUCCGGCAACAUGGCCGUGACUCCAGCAAAGAGCGCGUGGGAUGCCGAGGGAGUUCUCGGGCAACACGUGAACCAUUGGAGCUCCUCAAACUAUAUCGCAAACGCGCAGUCAUCCAAGGCAAGACUGCGGCCUCGAUGUGCAUCGAAGCACCAAUAAAGAGGCAACCUCUGGGCGGAGCGAAUUUAGUUGGCGUUGGAAUGCACGAGUCCUGCUUCCAAGUUGGAGAUGAUUUCAACUUGAAUAGAGCGGAGGACCGGCAGGUUGUCAGGAAGCAGAGCGGGAAGUCCGUUUGCAGAGGAGGAGGUAACGCAAUGGAGUACGCACCAAUAAAUUGUUGAAUAAGAGGGAGGAACAUGGAGAUCAUCUCUUCUUCCUGUUUGUGUUUCUUCUAUCAUGGACCAUGUUCCAUGUUCUUUGCAUCAAGGCUAACACCUGACGACCUCCUUUUUCUUCAACUGGGAUCUAAUAAUUUACUAAACAAAA